AAUAUAAAAUUUAACAAAUAGGGAAAUGAUUCAAAGGAACAAAGAACAGCACCCUUCCAGCAACAACUAUAUUUCCUCCAUAAAUUGAUUAGAUAAACCCAAAGUCAGAACAGAAACAACAACAACACCAAGUAAUAAGAACAAAAACCAAGAACCUUUCUCUACCUCAAACCACCAUGGACAGGUUGGUGAAACCAGAAGCAAAUGAAGUAGAAAUCAUGUUCCAGAAGAACCAAAAGUGCAGCACCACCUUCAAGCUCACAAACCUCAUGCACACCAUGACUGUGGCGGUUUCUCUAACCACCACAAACCCAUCAAUUUUCACCAUCAACAAGCCGUUAUCUGUAAUCCCACCACUCUCUUCAGCUUCAUACACCCUCCACCUCACUCCGCCGGGACAACCACCUCUCUCCGACCCACCUGACGUCAUCACCGUCAGAACCUCCAUGCUGCCUACCGGAAAAGCCCCCACCGACCACCUCCGCCGCCUGUUCUCCCGGCCGGGUCCUCAUGUCUUUCGUGACGCCGUCAUACCCAUCACCCUCGUUGGCCCCCAUGCCGUCGAGCUUCUCAUCUCUGAACCCCUUCAAAGCCGUGACCUCUUCACCAAAGCCAUAUCCGCUUGCUCGAAGCCGCACCUCACGAAUUUGCUGAAACUCGCCGUGGAAAGCGGGGAGGUUGACACCGUCGCCGCUCUCAUCGCCGCCGGCGGAGACCCGAAAGGGCAGUCGCUGAUUCCGUUGGCAAUCAGAGCUGGGAAGCUUGAGUUGGUGAAGCUUCUGGUAGCUUCUGGGUGCAGAAUCAACGACUCGGUGGAAGCGGGCGCGGUUUUGCUCGAAGCUGCGGCGGUGGAUCGGAUCGAUGUGUUGGAGUUUUUGUUUGAGAUUUUUGGUGAAGAAUUGGAUGUGAAUUCGGCGAAUUCGAAGGGGGUGACGCCGGUGCAUGUGGCGGCGAUGGAGGGUCACGUGAGGGUGAUCGAGCUUCUGGUAUCGAAGGGAGGGGACCCGGAAGCGGUUGACUCGGGAGGGUGGACGCCGCUGCACUUUGCGGCAUGGCGGGGGCACCCUAAGGCGGUGGAGUGUUUGCUGGAACGCGCUGAUACGAAGCGCGUGAGGGAUAAGGAGGGGAGGACGCCGUUUUCAGUGGCGGCGGAGUGCGGGCACGCGCAGUUGCUUGGGAUACUGCGGUGGAGCGACGGGCUGUACCGGGCGGCGAGGGCGGACGAUGUUCAUGGACUGAAGAGGUGUAUAGCGGAAGGGGCUGCGGUGGGUGGGAGGGACCAGAAUGGGUGGACGCCGCUGCACUGGGCCGCGUUCAAGGGCCGGAUCAAGAGCGCGAAGGUGUUGCUGGAACACGGUGCGGUGGUUGAUGCGGUUGAUGAUGCUGGCUACACUCCCCUGCAUUGUGCGGCGGAGGCCGGGCACUUGCAGGUUGCUUUGUUGUUGAUUGCUCAUGGUGGCUCUCAGGCUAGUCUUAAGAGCUUUGAACAUGUUGCUCCUCUGAACUUAAAUUCUUUUCAGAAACAUGUCUCUCUUGAUUAUCAAUGUAAGAGUAUAGCUUGAGAAAGAGAGAUCCUGUUGGGGUUUUUCAAUUUUUCCUUUUUAAUGUACAUUCAUAGAGUUGUGAAUUUUUGUAUUUUACAUUGUGAAUGGUGGUUGAUCAAAUGAUGAGGAGAAGAGGAAGAAUGAGUAGCAGUGCUUGUGUUCUGCUCCCAAUUAAGGUGUACAUGGAGUUUAAUAAUACAGUUUCUUUUGGCUCUUGUA